AGUAUAGAAGAUGUGGUCUACAAAAGGUUGGCUCCGAUGCCGCACCGCUGCUCAACCACCCAUCCAACAUGACCACCACCACCACCACCGCCACUCCUCCUUUCCGUCGGUCAAUAUUUCUAGGUAUCGAUGUCGGCACCGGUAGCGCUCGCGCAGGCCUUUUUGAUGAGGCUGGGAAACUUCUGGGUUCUGCUAGCAGCCCGAUACAAAUUUGGAAAGAAGGUGACUGUGUUGAGCAAUCUUCAACUGAUAUCUGGCUUGCGAUCUGCACUGCUGUUAAAAGAGCUUUAUCCCUUUCUGAUGUUGCUGGUGAAGAAGUAACUGGCGUCGGUUUUGCAGCUACAUGCUCUCUUGUUGCUGUGGAUUCUGAAGGUCAACCUGUUUCAGUAUCUUGGAGUGGUGACACAAGAAGAAAUGUAAUAGUAUGGAUGGAUCAUAGAGCUGUAAAGCAAGCUGAAAGAAUAAAUUCCUUCAAUUCACCCGUUCUACAAUAUUGCGGUGGUUCAAUUUCUCCUGAAAUGCAGCCACCUAAGCUUUUGUGGGUGAAAGAGAAUCUGCAAGAAUCUUGGUCAAUGGCUUGGAGGUGGAUGGACUUGAGUGAUUGGUUGUCAUACAAAGCAACAGGAGAUGAUACACGCAGUAUGUGCACAACAGUAUGCAAAUGGACGUAUCUAGGUCAUGCACAUAUGCAGCAUAUUGAUGAAAAUAGCUCUCGAGACAUGGAAGCGUGUGGAUGGGACGAUGACUUUUGGGAAGAGAUCGGUUUACGUGACCUUGUUGAUGGACAUCAUGCUAAAAUAGGAAGAAGUGUUGCUUUUCCUGGUCAUGCUCUGGGCUCUGGUCUAACAUCCGAAGCUGCGAAGGAAUUGGGUCUUGUAACGGGGACUCCAGUAGGAACGUCACUGAUUGACGCUCAUGCCGGCGGCGUUGGAGUGAUGGAAAGCGUACCCAAGUCUGAAGCUAAUGAAUCUGAUGAUGAUGAUGAUGAUGCUAUAUGCCGGCGUAUGGUGUUGGUUUGUGGAACUUCCACAUGUCAUAUGGCGGUCUCGAGGAGCAAAUUGUUUAUCCCAGGUGUCUGGGGACCGUUUUGGUCUGCUAUGGUUCCUGAGUUUUGGCUAACUGAAGGCGGCCAAAGUGCUACUGGUGCUCUUUUAGAUUAUAUAAUUGAUAAUCACGUGGCUUCUUCACAUCUUGCAAACCGUGCUGCUUCCCAAAAUAUAUCUCUGUUUCAAAUGUUGAACGAUCUACUAGCGCAAAUGAUGAAAGACACGGGAACUCCAUUUAUCGCUGCGUUAACCGCUGAUCUUCAUGUCCUUCCUGAUUUCCAUGGUAACAGGUCUCCAAUUGCAGACCCAAAUGCAAAAGGAAUGGUUUGCGGUUUAAAUCUUGAUACAAGUGAAAGACAGUUGGCUCUUCAAUACUUUGCCACUCUGCAAGGCCUUGCAUAUGGUACACGUCAUAUCAUCGAACAUUGCAACGAACAUGGACACAAAAUUGAUACACUGUUUGCUUCUGGUGGGCUUUCAAAGAAUGCGUUGUUUAUUCAAGAGCAUGCUGAUAUCAUCGGUUGCCCUAUAAUUCUUCCUCGUGAAAGUGAGUCCGUUUUAUUAGGCGCCGCGAUUCUCGGUGCUGUUGCUGCAAAGAAAUAUCCUACUCUCAGAGACGCCAUGAAGGCGCUCAAUGCAGCUGGUCAGGUAAUCCAUCCGUCAAAAGACCCUAAAGUGAAAAAGUAUCACGAUGCUAAAUACCACAUAUUCAGGCAACUUUAUGAACAACAGAUCACGCAUCGGUCAAUCAUGGCCGAAGCAUUGUCGUAAAACUCCAAUCCGGAUCUUUGUUAAUGGUUUUCGUAGUCCAAUUUGCAAAUUGUAAAAUGGUUUAUCAUGACAAUUUCAAUUGUAGUUUCUGAUGGUAUGGCCCUAUGUAUUUAAAAUUCGGGUCUGUGAAGUUGAUUGCAUUAUUUCUA